AUGUCGUGGAGAAACCAGGGGAUCACGGGUUCCAACAACAUCCCUCUCGGGAAGCGCCGAUUCGGCGGCGAUGAUGGUGGCGAGGAGGAGUACCCCGAAGCUCCUCCCAGUAAUGGUAACGGCGAGCUGAAGCGCGGUCGCAGCCCAGAGCCCCGCACUGAUGCCGAUGGGCCUCGCCGCAGAAAGAAGAGGAACCGCUGGGGCGACGCGUCGGAAAACAAGGCUGCCGGAUUGAUGGGGUUGACGACAGCCAUCACUGCAAACAUGACCGGCGAGCAGCUGGAGGCUUACACUCUUCAUCUUCGUAUCACGGAAAUUAGCCAGAAGCUUCGCAUCGACGAUGUCGUUCCCGCGGAUGGAGACAGGUCACCCUCUCCUCCUCCUCAAUACGACAAUCAUGGUCGUCGUAUCAACACGCGCGAAUACCGAUACCGCAAGCGCCUCGAAGAUGAGCGCCACAAGCUCAUCGAAAAGGCCAUGAAGACCAUCCCUAACUACCAUCCGCCGCAGGACUACCGCAGGCCCACCAAGACCCAGGAGAAGGUCUACGUGCCUGUUAACGAUUAUCCAGAGAUUAACUUCAUUGGCUUACUUAUCGGACCCCGUGGCAACACAUUGAAGAAGAUGGAGGGAGAAUCUGGUGCCAAAAUCGCCAUUCGUGGCAAGGGCUCCGUCAAGGAGGGCAAGGGUCGUUCGGAUGCAGCUCACGCCAGCAACCAGGAGGAAGACCUCCACUGCCUUAUCAUGGCUGAUACGGAGGAGAAGGUCAACAAGGCCAAGAAGCUCAUCCACAACGUCAUCGAAACGGCUGCGUCCAUUCCUGAAGGACAGAACGAGCUCAAGCGGAAUCAGCUGCGUGAGCUUGCUGCCCUCAACGGUACCCUCCGUGACGACGAGAACCAGGCUUGUCAGAACUGCGGCCAGAUCGGUCAUCGCAAGUACGACUGUCCUGAGCGCCAGAACUACACUGCCAGCAUCAUCUGUCGCGUGUGUGGCAACGCUGGACACAUGGCCAGAGAUUGUCCCGACCGGCAGAAGGGUGCCAGCUGGCGAAAUGACGGUGCCGGUAGAGCUGGCGAUGCUGGCCGCAUUGAAGGCGGAGACGCGGUUGACCGCGAGUACGAGCAACUCAUGCAAGAACUCGGUGGCGGCUCAGCCGGCGGCGCUGCUCCUGCACGCAUCGAAGCCGGCCCUGGUUCCUAUAACAACAACAACAAUAACAACGGCCCCAGCGGCGGCGAUGCUAAGCCCUGGCAGCGUGGCCCUACCGGCGGUCCCGCUCCCUGGCGCAGCCGUAACAACGAAUCGCGCGAUGAUCGUGAUCGCGGUGACCGCGACCGCGACCGCGACGGUGGUGGUGGCGGCGGCGGCGGCGGCGGUGCUGCUCCUUGGGCCCGCGAUCGCAGCCGUCGUGAUGACCAUGGGGGCGGUCACGGCGGCGGCGGUGACUACUACGGCGGUGGCCAAGGCGGCUACGGUGGUCAAUCUGCUGGCGCUGCUCCGGGUGCCGCUCCCUGGCACCAGCCUCCCGGAACUCAGAACGGGUAUGGCGGCUACGGCGGCUACCCGGGAUACGGGGCUCCUCCUGGCAUGGCCGCACCCCCAUCUGGCGUUCCUCCUCCGCCUCCUGGUGCUCCUGGUCUUGGAGCUCCUCCAGGGUUGGCCGGUGGCCUCAACGCUCUCAUCCAGCAGUACGCUGGAGGCGCCCCUCCUCCGCCGCCCUCAGACAACGCUCCUCCUCCGCCUCCCAGCGACCAACCUCCCCCACCUCCCCCUGGUGCCUGA